AUGGGGCCGUCGGAUGAAGACAUCGCCUUCCACUCCAACAUACCUGUGCCACUUGAUAUCACCGUGGCAGUGGUCUACUCUGUUUUUGGAGUAUGUUCACUGUUUGGCAACAGCACACUGCUGUACGUCUCCUACAAGAAGAAGCACCUCCUGAAACCAGCCGAGUACUUCAUCCUCAACCUCGCCAUUAGUGACUUGGGCCUGACUCUGUCCCUCUACCCCAUGGCGAUAACUUCAAGCUUCUAUCACAGGUGGCUGUAUGGGAAAACCGUGUGCGCCAUAUACGCUUUUUGCGGCAUAUUGUUCGGCAUCUGCAGUCUCACCACUCUAACCCUGCUCAGCAUGGUGUGCUUUGUGAAAGUAUGUUACCCUCUCUAUGGGAACAGGUUUAACUCUGUUCACGGCCGUGUGCUCAUUGCCUGUGCUUGGAUCUACGCCCUGUUGUUUGCCUGCUCCCCGCUCGCCCACUGGGGGAAAUACGGACCAGAGCCUUAUGGCACCGCCUGUUGCAUUGACUGGCGCCUAUCCAAUCAGCACUCUACGGCACGUUCCUAUACUGCGGCACUGUUCAUCUUGUGCUUCAUCCUUCCAUGCUGUGUUAUCGUUGCAUCUUACACCAGCAUUCUGGUCACAGUGCACGCAUCCCGCAAGAAUAUGGAGCGGCAUGUGUCGAGGCAGACGCACAUGAGCAGCCUCCAGACAAUUAUUGUUAAGCUAAGUGUUGCUGUCUGCAUCAGUUUCUUCGCGGCAUGGAGUCCAUAUGCUGUGGUGUCGAUGUGGGCUGCCUUUGGACACAUUGAGAACAUCCCUCCUCUGGCAUUUGCCUUGCCAGCCAUGUUUGCCAAGUCCUCUACCAUCUACAACCCAAUCAUCUACCUAAUGCUGAGGCCGAAUGUCCGCAGGGUGAUGUGCAGGGACCUGGGUACUCUAUGCAAUGCCUGUCUGAAGGGCUGCCUCUGCUACCAGUGGCCAGCGAAGUGCUGCUCCAAGCCAGAGAUAAGACUCACACGUCCCUCAAUCCACAGACAGGCCAACCAAUUCCCUUCAUCCAACUCCUCCGCUCAACCUCCUGUGGCAACAUUAAAGGAUCACAGCUGUGAGAGGUGUAUGGAGGCUUUCAGAUGCUUCAGACACUACCCCCAAAUGUGCUGCAUCACAAACGUUGCUGCCGAUGGGGACUCAUCUCAGGAUCAAGACACUCCAGUUUCCCAAACACACAAGCAGAAGACUAAAGGCGCGUGCUACAAGAAGUCUCUGUUGGUCAUCAUGUGCGCAAAAAGGACUUCAGAAAUAGACAACUUCCAAAUUAAUUUAGAGAUGGUUCCGGGGCAUGCAAAGGUGGCGUGGCCCUGAUAUUUCCCACAAUUCAACAUGUUUACAGAUGAUCUCCGGACAUUUUUUUAAGGUUGUGUUCUUUCAGGUGUGGAAUUACUUAAUUGAUAUGUUCAGGAAUGUACCACAUGCUCCUAGAGUGUUUUGGAAGAAGCAAUGUAACUUAUUUAUCUUUUAUCACCCACUGUACUUUUAUUUGGCUAAUAUGACAGAAUGUCUUUUAAGUUAAAUGGAGACAGCUAUAAUUUGAGGCGUAUUUAUUGUGCAACCUAGUUUGCAACCCAUAAACAAACUUAUUAUGUUGCCAUAGUAAUAUUUGCACUUAAUUUAAGGAAGAGCUUAUAUUUCAGUUGAAGUUUGCCUAAACCUAAAAGUGGAUGGCGAGUAACUUGCAAAAUUUGCAAUAACUUGGAUGCAUCUUGUUUAAACUGUGAACGUCACUUUAAAUCACCUGAAAACUUGAUUUCAAAAGUAUUUCUCUAUAUCUUUAAAUGUUCAUGAUUAACUACAAAAGUUCCCUAUAUAUUAGUCAUUAUGAGUCACACUAAACACUCAGCUAAUCUGCUUCGUCGGGCCUGUGUGUGUGAAUGUGGUUUGAUGAGAUUUGAUUGACGAAUGAAACAAUCCACCAACUGUCAUCAGAUUCUGAUUCAAAUGUUGCCGAAUCCUGAUUGAUUACAUAACAUCACCUUUUUCCAAAUUAGCCCCAACCCUUUCAAAAUCAGUGAGAGGAGCGCUGAGAAAAACAGAAAUCAUGUGAAAUAACCAAAACUGGUUACUAGUGUAUCUAUGAUCCCAUCACUCAUGAUAAACUGAUUGAGAAAACAAACUUUUAGGGCUUUUGAAGGAAUACUUGAAAAAUAC